CUGCGGCCUUUCCACAACUGCAGUCAAUUUGAGUGUCGAACAAAUUCAUCUCGACCAGCUCGACAGUUCCAUCCUUCACUGUCUCGAUUGCGAUCCGUCGACAGACAACCGCAAAGAAUCGCAAUCAUGGCCGACUCACCGGUCACCAUCCGAACUCGCAAGUUCAUCACCAACCGACUGCUGUCGCGCAAGCAGAUGGUCCUUGAUGUCCUCCACCCCAACCGCCCCAAUGUCUCCAAAGACGACCUCCGCGCCAAACUCGCCGAAGUCUACAAAUCCAACAAGGACCAGAUCAACGUGUUCGGCAUGCGGACGCAAUACGGUGGCGGCAAGUCCACUGGCUUCGCUCUCAUCUACGACUCCGUCGAGGCCAUGAAGAAAUUCGAACCGCACUACAGAUUGGUCCGAGUGGGUCACGCUACCAAGAUCGAGAAGGCCAGCAGACAGCAGCGCAAGCAACGCAAGAACCGGUCGAAGGAGUUCAGAGGCACGGCGAAGACAAAGGGUGCGAAGAAGUCCAAGGACAAAUAAACGCGUGCUGGCUUCUGGGUGUGGUGGUUAUGUUGGGUGGUGGAUGUGGACUGUGGUGCCGGAUCGAGGGAGGCAAUGGUUGCUUGUGCUUGUUCAUGGACUAGAAAGAAAUGACAAAAGCCAGGCCUGCUACUUGUCCCCGAAAGGAGAUUUAUGGUGGUGUUGAAGCAUGGUCAAGUACGCCCUUUCCCAGAUGAAGACAGAGCCGCCUAUUGCGUGCAAUCUUAGAGGGGGAACCAUUUUCUGCAUUGAAGUUUGCGGAAUGGGCAAUGGCGCAACGAGAUCGACACUGCAUUGAAAUGAUAUCAAACUUGUGAAAUGCAAAAAGCAACGAGUCACCUUGCCAAACUUCCUACAACCUGCGUGAACUCUGAUCAUACCUCGUAUCGCUGUACCGCACAUCGGAGAGAUAACCGAAGUCGACAGGGAAAUAGAACAUGUGGACUAGCUGAUAGGUCAGUCAGCGAUGGCGACCUUGAGAAUGAGAUGACAAUAGUAUGCCUUU